AUGGCUACCUGCUCUAAGUGCCAAAGGUGGACCAGCCGGCCAGCUUUUGGUGGCUGGUGCCGUAGAUGCAUAGAUUCAUCAGGCAUGCGCCGUGAAGCUGUUGAAGCUUCCUUGAGCACUUUACCUUCAAACAGCUUCGAUACCCAUCUCACCUCUCGUCAGCACACCAGUCCCAAGAAGAAAACCUCCUCCAGAUCAAGCAGACCCCAGCCAGCCACCUUCAGCUCCAGCCGAUCAGCACCCAAAUCACACGAAUAUUUCCAGAGUGCUAUCACCGCCAAACGGAAAAAACCCAGAGCAGCUCCCUACCCCAAGAAGAAACCAAUCCCAGCGGUUCCCAAGGAAACAAAGUAUUCUCCAUCACCCGACCUCCGAUUCAUCGACUGUGGAUUGGUCUUAUACAAAGGAAAAAAACCGGCUGAUGAUCCUUUGCUAUUCAACAUCAAACAAACACUCUUGGUCAAAUUUACUCCGGAGAUCCUCGAAUGCAUUUCUCUGGAACGACUUCCUCGGGACGUUGAACAAAAUCUUAGCCUCCUCCAUGGAAAGAGUCGCCUGACCGAUUUAGACGCCUUACUAUUUGUUGUCCACAAGUCCACUGACAAGAAGCCAGUGCAAGUCGACUUAGCGUACCAAUAUCGCUUGAAGGAAAAGAAAACUGAUCCAAUAGAAGAUGACGAUUCGGAGAUUACUGAAUUCCAACCAAGAAAGAAGACCUCCGCCCAAACGAAAUUGCAAAAGAUUCCAUCCAAUUUAGAAAAUGAUGAUUCGGAGAUGAGUGAAGUCCAAACAAGAAAGAAGACCUCCGCCCGAACAAAAUCACAAAAGAUUCCAUCCGAUUUAGAAGAUGAAGAUUCGGAGAUUAGUGAAGUCCAACCAAGAAAGAAGACCUCCGCCCGAACAAAAUCGCAAAAGAUUCCAUCCAAUUAUGAAUCACCUGAUUCUGAUCAAUCCACAUUGCCAACACAAUUGGUCGCCAAAUCCAAAAACACAGCAAUGUUGUCUGACCAAGAAUUGCAGGAAUAUCCAUCCAAUGAAACUGAAGUACCUAGAUCCAAGACUACUGGAUCAAAGCCACCACUCCGGAAAAAAAGUGUGGCACAUAAUAAACCGGACACAUGGGCCUCCAGUGGUGUUGUUUGUACCGUCCCUGCCUGUGGUGCUGCAAGUCUCUCCACCCAAAUAGGCUAUCUUGGUCAAUUGGUUCCACCAUCAAUAGCCAUCAAUACAAAAGGCUGGACCAAUGCACAUCGUUUAAUAUUCAAGACUCAGAAUACUGAACCAGGGUUUGACAUCUAUUCCGAAAGCAAGUUCAAUUGGCUGGAGGCUGAUGUAAUGCCAAUCACUCUCCAAGUUCACCACGACAAAAUUGUCGGACAAGGCAGCAUGAGGAGAGCCUUUGAGGCGACUGUGAGAACCAUUGCAAGUGAUGGAUCAGUCAAAUUGGUCAACUACGUCGCAAAGAUACGAUUCCGAGAUGGGGCGCCCAACAUUUCACACUACGCCAGUGAUGCACUUAUGUAUGAAGGGAGUGCACUCCUCUUGGAUGAAUUCAAGAAGAUCUUACCUGGAUGCCAAAGGCUGCGUGAGGUGUAUCUAAAGAAAGGCCAACUAAUGGAGAUUGUUCGACAUGCGGUAGUUGUCUGUGGUGAAAUUAACCUGCCUAGUGAGGUGUACUUCUUGGAAGUAGCAUUAGUGGGGCCAUAUGUUAAAUAUUCCAGCAAUGUCAACUUUAGGAUUAAAGAGAAUUGGGAAGGAGUUGACCCAGACAUUGCUAGGCUGAUGAAUGCUUUUAUGCAUUGGUCCUACGUCAAUUCCAAUGGGAAAAGUCUCAUCUGUGACUUGCAAGGUGUUGGGCCAAUUCUCACCGAUCCUCAAAUUAUUGACUUGGAUGAGGGGUGA